UUAACCUAUAAACCAUUUCAAAUUUUGCUUAUAAAUUCUAUGUAAUCUUCCAAAAUGUUUUACUUACUGCACUAAACCAUCGGAUAGCAAACAUCCGCUAACAUUAUAUCAUGUAUUGAUACUAAUGUGGCAAAACCGAAACGGAAACCAAUAUCAAUACUUAUUCGUAUUGAUAAGCAGUUUCCUCGGAACAGAGCCCAUUUUCAAUAUCACAGAAAUAAGCUUCCUUGUUCACAUCCGGCAGAAUCCCCAUCGACCUUACUCUUAUCCUAAAUGGCUGCCUAUAAAUACGGUAUCCAUUUACCCAUACAUUUAGAAUAGUAGAAUGAAUUAAACUAGUGUUAACUAAUUACUCCGCUUACUGCACCGACGCUCAUCUGGUCGUGAAGCCCGCGCGCCUCACAUCGCCGCCAGCUCUGAGAGUCAAUCUUUAUUAUUCUCGGGCAGAGCUUAAUUACUCUGUCCUCACACUUUCAAUUAUAAAAUACUAUCUUAUUUGUAUUAACCACAUAUUAUAUAUAUUUUAUUUUAUUCAUUAUUAUACAUAUCUGUAUAACUUUAAACCAUCGUGUUUUGUCAUUUAAACACCUUCCAACGACUCUACAUCACAGACGUGAACCGUUCAAGUAUUUAUUCGUCAACGGUGUAUUGCGUCGUCCUCUUGCAGAACGGCCCACUACAUACUGGUCACACGUUAGUCUCUGCCCGCUAAGUGUUUUCACAGUCGUACUCCGGUUUUAACUCUCAUCGCUAGGUUUUAUUUUUACCGUUGUGUUAUUUUAAACAUAUCAAAUAUGUUCAAGUGCGUUCAGUGUAACAGAAUGUUCUCUAGCAAAGAUAAUUUAGUUAGACACAAUAAAAUCCACAAAAUGUUCAGUUUACGUGUGAAAUAUGUUUUAAGACUUUUGCCCGUAAAGAUAAUUUGGCAAAACACACGAAGAAUAUGCAUGCUAAUAUUGUUCGACGUAAUGAACAUGAAAUCGCUCCGGAGAUUUUUGUUCCCGACAUACCUGCCGGUCCAUCAGAUGAAAUUGUUGAUUCCGAUGACAAAUUGUGUGUGCUGGCUAUGGAAGGCGCUGAAAAUUUGGUUUUUGCGAAGGGCUUGAAAAUUGUAAACGGGGAAAUUCGAAGGAUGUAGGUCAGAUAAAGAGAGCCAGGUUAAAUUUAGUAGGAAAUGCGACUGGUUUUAUCAACGUUGGAUCAUCUUUCAAUAAUAUUAUCACUAGGUAUUAUAAAAAAAAACUUGGAAAAUAUAUUCAAUCAUUCUAUCUUUCUCAGCUCAAUAAAAUCAGAACUAAUCGAAAUUUUAAAAUCAUCAUCAAAACCACUCAAAUUCAAUCUUAAACUAGAAGCCACAUAUAACAAACCACAUGUAGAUAAUUCGUCCGUGAACAGAGCGUUCAAGACCUCGGCCAGGGCGAUUUACGCGGAUACGAAUGUCGAAGACAUAGUCGACCACAUGUUCGUAAACAUUUUAACCGAAGAAGAUACCUAUCAGGGCAAAGGCAGUGGAUUUUCACUCCAAGCUAUUGACGGUGUAUUAUUAGGUAUUUAUAAAUAUAUACCUUUGGGCGGAUCAUCAUAUUUACCAUUACCUUCAUACAUUGAAAAUAAAAAAGCUACCAUUAAUCCGCAGAACAAUGACGAACAGUGCUUCAAGUGGGCUAUUCUAGCCAAACAUAUCACGGGAGAGAAAAAACAUAGAAUCAAUGAUAAUUAUUAUAUUCACGAAUACAAAUACAAUUUCACAGGUCUGACGUUUCCGACACCGUUGAAUGAAAUUAAAGUAUUCGAAAAAAAUAAUUCGGCUACAUCUGUAAAUGUUUACGGACUUGAGAAAAAAUUCCAACCGCCUUUGAAAUUCCCCACAUAUAAAGUCUUUCCGCUAAAAGUAGUCAAUGAGGAGGAGGAAGAACAUUUUGACCUCAUAUUAAUUACAGACAACGAAAGAUCGCAUUAUAUAUACAUUUCAGAUUUCUCAAGACUUAUUCGCUCUCAAAAAACUAUGCAUAAAGAGAGUGUUGUUUUUUGUAAACGGUGUUUUACAAGUUUUGAUCAUAGAGUGAGACAUAAAUUAAGCGGUCAGGCAGCGUUGGACGAACAUUUGAAAAUAUGUGGAUCUCAUAAACCCAUAUUGCCAGCUAUGCCUAUAGAAGGAACAACUCUAAAAUUUGAGGCAUGGAGUAAAUCGCAAAGACAUCCUAUUGUAAUCUAUGCAGACUUCGAGGCAUUACUAGUGAAGAUUGAAGAGAAAAAAGGUAAAAAGACAACAGAAAUUCAAAAACAUAAACCGAUGAGUUACGGGUUAAUAGUAAAAGCAAGUGAAGACGUACCUACGGAACUGUUGGAAGAACUAGAUAUACAACAAUCAGUUAUUAUACAUCGUGGAUCUGAGACGCGUGAAGAGGUUGCCAAGCAUUGUACAACUUGUACGGUUGGGCAAUGUCACAAUACAUGCCAUACGGUGGGUUCAAAUGGGUAGAGCCUACGCUAGUUGGUUUGGAAACAUUGACAGAUACCUCAGAUAUAGGUAGAGUGUAUACAUACUGGCAUAAAACAACAACAUUAAUAGUAGGUAAGGGCCAUGGUAUCAUAUAAAUAUAUAAUUUAUAUAUAAUUUUAAUAUAAAUUUAACAAUACGCAUAAAAUGUUUUAAUUGAAUCUGAAAUUUCACUAUGGGCCCGGGCCUAAGCCCCCCCCCCCCCCCAAUAUACGCCACUGGUACUAGCUCUCGCCCGUUGUAUAACAGAACAUUUUAUAUUUGUAAAUAUUAUAAAUAUUGACUUUGUUCCUUUGAGUUUUAUAUUUUUAUCGCGUUCUCGUGUAAUUAUUAUUAUUUCAUAGAACGUCUGCAGUGCAUGUUGAUAUACAUAUCUUAAUUAAUUUAUAAAGGUGCCUAUUUUUU